AUGGCCCGAAUGUCACUGCGCAAAGACAUCGCCAAACAAGACGUCAUCCACGCCGACCAGGACGUGAUCGACCUCCAACUCGAACUCGCAGAGAGCAUCGAAAGCCUAGAUCGAGAGCUCAAAGCCAAGCGCGUAGCAGAGAGAACCCCAGUCAUGUCCUAUUAUCCGGCUCUCGAUGCAUUCAACGAUGCCAUCAUCUACGCCGCUGAGAUCGUAGUCGAGACCAAACUCGACCUCGUCGAAGCUCUCCUGCGGUAUGACCGCAAAGCCGUGAAACUGGAUACCCUCGAGCGGAAUCAGGCUCUCAAUGACUACAUGAUGAGCCAGCCGAUUCCGGCCAUGGUCAUGCCUGACCUCGAGAGCAGCAGCGGCAGUGAGAGUCCGGCCAGCGCCAGCGCCCCUGUGGCCGGUGCUUUCGGCCGUGUUCAGGAAGACCACGAGUCUUCGGACACCAGCGCCGUGGUCUCGGAGUCUCAGCCGGAACUGCCCAACUCUGACUCUGACUCCGAGCUGGAUGAGUGGAUGUCCAUCAUCCAUGAAUCCCCCGACGACAUCCGCGUCCUGCAGGCAAACAGAAACAGCAACAGCAAGAAGAGGACUGCCGACAUGGCUGAGCUCGACACAGACACAGACACAGACCCCAUCAUCCACGCGCCCAGCCCCAAGAGAAUGGCCCUCCCCUUCCUCAAAGAGUGGAGUGACACUCGAAAGGAAUGGUCUCUUGAGGGGCAGGUGCAGAAAAACCAAAGCUUUUAG